AUGUCAGGAAUUGGAGGACGCCGCGAAUGCUGGAGCUGGAAGCAUGUGAUACGAGCAGAGUGGCACUGGACAUGUAAGUAUUGUCAUGAGAUUCACACUGGGGGAGCGGAGCGAGUGCGAGCACAUCUCGCUGGAGUUCGGGCAAGAGGUGUGAAAACGUGCAAGGCAAUGAGGGAGAUCCCUUAUGAAGUUCUUAAAAAAGCUCGCAGCAGUUUUUCCGAUUUCGAGCUAGCAGACCCAGCAGAUGCUGAUGAUGGGCAUCUGCUGCAGCAAGCCGCACAGGGUUCAGGGGGGCCAGCAGAAUCUAUGGUGGCAAGCACAGAGAACUGGUCCAGUGCUGGGACAAGCAGAGCAGUGAAACGUAGAUCCUCGGAUGGAAAUUUGGUGACAUUUUUUGAUACUGCUUCGGCUGAGGCACUGGAUGAUGCUGUUGCAGAGUUCUUCUUUGCCGAGAACAUCUCCUUCAACACAAUCCGAAGAGACAACUUGAAGAGAAUGCUGAAAGUUGCCGCAAAAGUGGGGCAUCCAGCGAUUGACAACCUCAUGGGAUAUGAGAAGUUGCGGACAACUGAGCUACAACGAAUAUAUAACAACAUUCAGAAGCGGCUUGAAGAUGUGCGGCUAAGUUGGAGGACAUAUGGUUGUACCAUUGUCACGGAUGGCUGGUCUGAUAUCAAGAAGCGGUCUCUUAUCAACUUCAUGGUCAGUUCUGUGAGAGGCUCAAUUUUCCUGAAGGCUGUGGACAGCAAGAAUGUGAAGAAAACCGGAGCAUGGUUGUUUGAGCAACUGAAACAAGUGAUUGCCGAGGUUGGUGCGGAAAACGUUGUGCAGGUGGUGACAGACAAUGCAAGCAACUGUGUGGUCAUGGGGGAGCUUUUGCAGCAGGAGUUUCCACAGAUUGUACACGUUCGCUGCGUUUGCCACGUUAUGGACUUGCUGUUCGAAGAUAUUGGAGCUCUGUCUUGGGUGCAGCCUUUCGUCGAUGGCUGUGUGAAGAUAGUUACCUUCAUCACCUCAAAACCACGGGUUCUAGCUCUUUAUAGAACUUUCUGCAAACGGGACCUGAUAAAGCCUGUGACCAUGAGGUUUGCUUAUAUUUUUCUCGUGAUGUCUCAGCUUUUGGAAACCACGAAUCUCUCCGGGCUUCGAAGAAUGGUGGUGAGCCAAGAAUGGGAGCGACUUGACUGGUCUAAGAAGCCGGAGGGCCUGGAGCUGCGAUCUUGUGUUCUCAAUGACUCGUUCUGGGAGCGGUGCGAGAAUUUGUUAAUUUUGCUUGGACCUUUACUUCGAGUUCUUCAACUUGCUGAUCGGGAGGGGGCGACUUCAGGCCUCAUCUUUGAAGCUGUUGAUCGGCUGAUCGAGAAGAUGGACGAGGGAGCUCGAAACGGAAUUUAUGCACAUGAGGAAGUGGGACAAAUCAAGGAUUUCCUACUUGAAUCACACGGUCUGAAGGAGGCAAGGUGGUAUCAAAUGCACAAUGUCAUUCAUGGAGCUGCUUUUGCUCUUCAUCCUCUGUUUUUGGGGGAUAACCCAGAGAACGACAAGCUGGACAAUGAGGCAUGCGGGAACUGGUUGGAGUACAUGCAUGUUUAUAGCGGAGGUGAGCUGGACUUGCAGCUGAGAUUGCAGGCACAGUUUGAGAGGUUUCGGCAACAGCUUGGACGGCAAAUGAGGUUACCUGUUGCCAAGGAUCGGGAGACCAGAAAGUUUCCAGUAACUUGGUCCCGCUUGCUUCCCAAAAAUGCUGAGAAGCUGGUUUACAUUCACACAAACUUGCGGGUUGCUCAGAAGCUGAAGAGUGAAGGUUUGAGGAUGUUGGAGAUUGAUAUAGACAAGCUGGAGUUGGAGCCUCAUUGGAAGAAGAUUUUGGAUCUGCAAGAAGCUUUUGAGGAACCAAAUCAGGCUCCUGAGGAGUUUAGCAUCGAUGAAGGAAUGGAAGAUGAUUCGGAAUCGGAAGACGACUAA